GAACGAAGCGUCCUUAUUUCCACAACAAAAUCGGUGAAAUUUGCGUUGAUCUCAAGAGAAAACCUGUUCGUGGAACGGCAGCAUAUCGUCUUUGGUCGUACAGUUGUAGCGAGACAGUGAGCAAAUAGGCAAAUAUUACACAAUUCGUGCACGGGAUCGGAAUAAAACCAGGUUUGGCGUGUGUGUUUUUGUGCGUGCGUGCGUGUGUGCCUUUGUGCGCGCCAAGAAUCCAGUUGCCUUUUUUGUCGAGGAUGAUGUGAUCAUUUCCUAAACAUGGCCUUUUCGACUGGAAAAUACCCAGCGGUGCGUUUGUCGGAUAUCGAUGGUUUGGUUCCGGAAAAUGUUCUCGACUCAUCGAGCGGGAACAAGCUGAUCGAGUAUAUACGCAACCAGGAUGGCAAAUCUAGGAGACCCCGGCUGAACGUGCUGUUCGAUGAUGAUGACAACCAAAUACGGUUUCAGUUCGAUAAGCUACCAGCACCAGCGAGCCCGAAGUCACCAGCGAAGGCGAUCCCAUCAGCAGCAUCAGCUAGAGGCAGCGAAGCGGAUGCUGAUGAGAUUGUUGUUGCCACCGAAGCUCCGGCCGUGCCCAAUUCAGUGAACACAAUCAUCCACAAUGAAAACAGAGUGCCAUCGUUUUUGAGCCCUCGUCGUAGCAAUGCCACGAGCCAACAGCAGCUGCGAUCACCUUCCAUCGCGGUCACGUCUCCGGGCAGAAGCAGUCCAUUCCGGUCACGGAUUGCCCAAUCGUCCAGAUUGGCAUCGGAUCUCGAACGUAAAGCACUGCUGAAGGGAACUCAGCGUUCGAAUGAUUUAAAAAUGGAAAAAAUGCGCCAAAUCGCUUCGAGUACGCCGCUCAAUGGCCAGAACCACCAGGAUCGUGCUGUCAGCGGUUUCAUGAGUCUCAGUAAAAGCAUAUCUCCCAUUCCGGAACUAAGCCCAAACGAAUUGGAUGCGCCCGAUCGACAGGCGACGGAGCUUGGCGGUGUCCGCUCCUCUCCUAAUUGUCGCUCUCCGUCACCGCCAGCUUCUCCCCAUUGUCGCUCUCCGUCACUGCCAGCAGCUCCCCAACGUCACUCCCCGGCACCAGGUUCUCCUCUGCGGCGUAUCAAUGUGAUCGUACCGGCCACCCAAGACCAAGCUGAUGGCAUUGCUGUUCUACCGAACGAUAUCCUUGCUUCGCCACCUCGUGGGGAGCAAGUGAUCGUCAUUCCAGAAACCCCCAGUCCAGUACACCGAAGUCAACAACCAAUCUCAACGCCUCUCAGCGGCUUGCUACUCGCCCGCAGAUCGUCAUCUCCGCGGUCUGCAGUGCGCCGGACGCUACUGGUCGAGAGAAGGGACGAUGGUUGCUCGACACCGCUCCGAUCCAUUCUCAAGCGAGAAUGUGAAUCGAGCUCCGACACGUCCAUCAAACAUGUCAGUUUCGCUGAGCACAGGAAUGAAGUUCGACAAUUGUCCCCGGCUUACGCCCGCUCGCCGAUAAGUUCGGACAUUACAUCUGAUGAGAGCGAGGACGAGGAUCAACGUAACAACGAACCCGGCGUGUUCUCCAAAGCGCCGGAUAAGCGAUCCAUUACGAGUAUUGCUCCGGAAGCGCGGAAAACGUUAGAUAACGUACCAACAGCGGACAAGCAUGUGGAAGCAGCUGGUGAAGUACGAGCACAACCAGCUGCCGGUGAGCUGCAAGCGACUGCCACCGAUCACGAAGAAGAAUGCCGUGCGAACAGGGUCCAAUCGCCGGAUAUUAGUAGACGCUGUAACGAAACACAUGAUAACAGUUGCCCGGAAUCGCACGCUAACGUCGAAACGCCUCCGGAAUCAUCUACCGUCAACAUCGUCCCGCGGUCGGACACUGCCGAGCAACCUAUUAGUCGCACGAUAGAAACAGCGGAAGCCCUGCGGUCAGCGAAUCGGACCAAUCGCAAUACGAUAAACAUGAUAAUGGAGGAAUGGGAAACCGAUGAAAUGCCGAGCAUCAACGCUGCGGAGCAUCUCGAGCCGGAAACGCGUGCACAGCGGUCCACCUCACCCAACACGGAACCCAUUCCAAUCACCAACAUCGAUACACCGCGACCUCUUCUGCACGAGAUUUUCGAUCCGCCGUCGGAAUUCUGCGAUCAGACCGAUGCGUCCGAUCCUCCCGAGACCGAUCCUCUCGCAACCGAACCUCCCACCACUGUUGCCGAACCGUCCGCCAAUGCUGAAUGUCCCAAUAACAAUGUGCCACCGAGUCAAGAUGGUGAGAGCUCUUCGGGCAUUUCUUCGGAUGGCUCUCCUCCACUCGAAUCGCAUGCCAUGGAGGAUGAGAAUAAUGGUGCCGUAGCACGUGUACCGUUUAAUGCCGCCAUGCGUAUCAUGAGCGUCAACUCACCGCACGAUCAUAUCUCGAUGAAUAUGCUCGCUGCCGUCGACGAAAUACAUAGGUCACAGAGCAGCCUCGUGCCCAACGAGUCAGUGGCACCGAACCGGCAGUCCGAAGGUGAACGCCGUACGUUGGUAUUGCCACGGAAGCGAUCCACCUUGGCUGUGGUCAAUCCGGAUACAGUAUCCUACUUCAAGGUGAUCGAGAAGACGUGCGCUCGCAAGCUGUCCAAAAAGCUGAAACCGGGCAAGCAGCGUAGAAAGCUGUUCGAUAAAGAGGUGGGCGACGGUUGCUUGGGAGACAAGAACGAUGACGAACUGAGUGAACUUCCACCGUCACCGGCACUAAAACCGGGACCGCUGGCCGAUGCCACUGAGGAUGUAAGCUCUCCGCAAAUAACUUGUCCUCCUGUAGCUGUCUAUCUUCAACGUCUAUCGAAUGGAACCAUCGAACGGAUGAUCGGGAAACAAACGGUGCCCAGUGCCACCAAUCUGCCCGUGGUGGAUCCGGAGCCCCCGGCGAUCCUCCUCAGCAGUCCCCCGGUGAUGGAAAAGCAAAAUGUGGAAUCCCCGGAGAAAACAUCGAUGUCCAGUAAAGCGGCGAAGCGCAUAAAGCCCGCGAAGGGUGAGCCACGGAAGAAAAAGGUGCGAUCAGAUGAGACGCGACAGUUGAAGCAGCUAAAGAACGUCGCGAACGGAAUCCGGCAGCAGAUAGAAGAAAGCAACAGCGAUGAUGGCCCGCUGGUGUCCGUUUCCGGGGAAGCAGUACGGCGUAGUAAUCGAAACCGGCGAGUGGCAAAGGAUAUUCUGAAGCGCAAUCCGUUAAUGGGGCAGAGCGAUAUACCCAACUAUCGGAAUCCAACGUUCAAAGAUGUAUGGCGGUAUUACCAAGAAGCUGAAAUGCAGCAGCAACCGAAGGCACCACGAGCAGCACUCAAGACAGCGAAGACAACCGAGCGAGAGCAACCGGUGCAGUCGGAACCGGUGCGAAAGAGGGGUAGGAAACCGAAACAGAAGCCGAAGAUGAUGAACGAGAUCGACAGGGACGGCUUUCGGAUUCCACUGCCACCAUCAUCACCAUCAUCCAGCACUUCCUCAUCGAGCAAUACGGCCAAGGAGCGUCCGCAACCUCCCUCUUCCUCCACGCUGCUCUCCCAUAUGGGUGCUUCACCCAAUGGAUUUUCACUCGAUUCCGGCCUUUCGUCGGCAGGGUAUGUGUCACCGACCGGGGAUGAAAUGGACAACCCACGACAGCCCGGCAAAAGCGCUCCACGCACACAAGACGCGGAGCCCAUUCCAAGCACCAGCAGCAAAAAACCGACACAAUGCUACAACGUGUCGGUCCAUGAAGGAAGUACACCCGAAGACAUCAUGGCCGAGAAGCGGCGCGUUCUGGAUUGGAUGAUGUUCCUCACCGAGUCCCAGAAGGAACGGCCUACCAACACUCCGGCCCCGGAGAAACUCGGCUUUCGCCAUUUUUCAGUCGAACACCUGAUGUUCGACCGAUCCGGUGAUAUCGAGUACUCGUUCUACAGCUGCUCGGUGACGGACAAUUUCGGAUUCAUCCGGAUGCUGCCAAACGCCAAGAAGAAGACGUCGCGAGCCAAGGGCUGCAUUCUGCGAUUCCUUAUACUGAACGGUAGGGCCAAGUUCAUUAUCAACAACAUCGAGGCGAACGCCGUUGGAGGUGAUUUCUUCGUGCUACCUGCUGGCACUCGGUACCAGUUACAAAAUGCAUCCGAGACGACUUUGAUGUUCAUGAUGAAAACCGCCGUACCUGCGGACUAACGGCAGCAGGAUUGCAGGAUCCGCCCGAUCGUUUAACUUAAGACUUAGUCCAAAUGGUUUACGUUUAGUUUUGGAUUUACGCUGCGGUUUUUUAAUAAAUCAUUUUUGCAAAAUUGGUAACGUUCUGCUUUGCAAGAGAACUGUGUUAAAACAUCGUAAUUCCAACGCAAUCAUUCAGUUCUGUUGGGUUUUAAGAAUAGCAUUAUAAACAAUCUUGGUUUAAAUGUACAAAUACUGGUCAAUGAUUUUCCGGUUAGUGGUUAAGUCGUCUCUAAAUACUUUCGGUAUGUUUCUACCAAUUAUUUUCUUCUGUACGGACAAUUUUAAUGCUGUGGUACUCUACCAACUAUUACUAGGAGAGAAACUUCUCGAACGCAGUUGCCCAUGUUAUAAUGACUGACUAUAUUAGAGCUUGUUGCGUGCAAAAUGCUAAAGGGGAAACGAACAAUUAGUUUGAAUUAACUAGUACCUAAGCUUUAAACAUACCCUUAUACAUGUUGCUAAAAAUAAAACUCGGCCAUAAGUUUGUUGA